AUGUUAGCAAAGGCAGCAGCUCACAGUGAUCGAGGCGAGGGUGGUGGUGGUGGACCCCAGUCUUUGUGCAAUCUGUAUGAUGAGACUAAAACAGAAGAGGAUUUGAAAGCAGAGUAUUUGUGUCCGUUUUGCAGCGAGGAUUUUGAUGUUGUUGGUCUCUUUUGCCACAUCGAUGAAGAGCAUCCUGCUGAAGCCAAGAAUGGGGUAUCAUAUUCUUAUCGAGUUCUAUUGAUGGAUGUAAAUUUGACUGGAGAUUACGUGCAGCGUAAGAGGAGACUGCAGAAGGGGGGAGCUAACUCAGCAUUUUCUAUACUGAGAAAAGAGCUGCGAGAAGGAAGUUUACAAUCCCUUCUUGGUGGAUCUUCGUGCUCUGUUUCGUCCUCCAAUACAGAACCUGAUCCAUUGCUUUCACCUUUCAUAUUUCUUGUCAUAGUUUUGCAGAAUUGGAAAACUUAAAACUAAGGUUCAACUUCCUGUGGUAUGAUGUUUAUGUUUUCCUUUUCCGUCAAUCUUUACACUAGUUCAGUUUUUUUAUAUUUUUAUAGUGAAAAGAGUUGUACUGUAACCUAGUUUCCAUGGAAAUUUCACAUGCCCAUU